AUGAAUGGAAGACCAAGUGCUUACAUGAAAGCUCAUAGGGGCUUCAGGCAAGGUGAUCCCAUCUCACCUCUUCUCUUUGUCCUAAUAAUGGAACAACUUCACAGGUGGUUGAAUAAAUUGAAGGAUAAACCUAAUUUCAAAUAUCACCCCAAAUGUGUGAAGCUUCACAUCACCAAUAUAUGUUUUGCUGACGAUCUCAUCUCGUUUGCAAGAGGGGAUGAAAAUUCAGUACAAAUCAUGAUGCAGGAACUCCACAACUUCUCUGAUGCAACUGGAUUAAAGGCCAACCGUGCCAACUACAAGGUAUAUUGUGGUGGUAUGCAUACUAGUGAAAUCCAUAAGAUUCUGCAGAUAACUGGAUGUAGUGCUGGAACCCUUCCAUUCAAGUACCUUGGUGUGCCUUUAUCUAGCAGAAAAUUGAAUAUUCACCAAUGUCAUCCUCUCGUUGACAGAAUCUUGGAAAAAACAUUGGACCUCGAGACUUUUGAGCUAUGUGGGCAGAUAUCAACUUAUUCUAAAUGUUCUGUUUUCUAUCACUUCCUAUUGGAUGCAUGUAUUCUUGAUACCGAAGAAAGUGAUUAA